UUCUCCGGCGGCGGCAAAUAGCGAAGAGUUGCAACAGUCUUCAUGCUGCCCGCGGACUGCUCGCGCCGGCUGGUGGCCGAGCUGCGGGAUGCCCUGGAUUCCUGCGCCCAGCGACAGCGGCAGCUGGAACGGAGCCUGCGAGUCUCCCGGCGACUCCUUAGAGCCUGGGAACCAGCCGAGACCCCAGUUCCGGAGCCAACCCCAGGGCCAGAAACUGAUGAAAAGGUUCCGUCUUCAGCUUUCACAGCAUGCUCACCCAGUCCCCAAGACCUCAAAGAGCUGGAGCUUCUGACCCAGGUGCUGGAGAAGGCUGUACGGGUGCGAAAAGGCAUCUCAAAAGCUGGAGGAGACAAGGACCCCAGUGUGAAGUCUGAGUCCCUUGCCGCUUCCCCUGCCACCAGAGCCUCCACCCGACUCCGGGCCUCAGGCUGGACUGGCAGCCAUGCAUCAGAAACAAAACCCCCCAGGGGCAUCCGUCAAACCAGGGUGCCUGCCAAGGACCUCUCUGAGCGCAGGCUUGUCUCAGUGGAGAAUCCAACCUCCAUGGGGCGAGGGGCCCGAGCUGCCAAGGUGGAACCAAGACACAGGAGCCAACAAAUAGUCCCACUGGCUGCUCCUCAGGCCCGAGAAGUUUUUACACUCAAGGAUAAGGGGAUCCUGCUGCAGCUGCCCAUGGCCUUCAGGAAAGCAGCUUCCCAGAACUCCCGCCUGUGGGCCCAGCUCAGCUCUACACAUACCAGUGAUUCUGGGGAUGCUGCUACCACUGCUAAAAACCAUUUCCUCCAGAAAAUGCAGACAACCUCAGGCUGGCCCAGCUCUAGGCUCAGUCCCGCAGAGGUGGAGGCGGAGGUAGGGCGCCUGCGGAAGGCCUGCUCGCUUCUAAGACUUCGAAUGGGGAAGGAACUCACUGCAGACCCCAAGGACUGGAUGCAGGAGUACCGCUGCCUGCUUACCCUGGAGGGGCUGCAGGCCCUGGUGGGGCAGUGUCUCCACAGGCUGCAGGAGCUGCGUACAGCAGUGGUGGAACAGCAGCUGGGGCCAUGGCCUGAGGGGAGACUCCCUAGGGCCUCAUCACCCUGUGGAGGAGGAGCAGACACUAUCCGGAGCCCCCCAUUGCUUCUCUACUCCAGUACCCAGGAGCUGCAGACCCUGGCAGCCCUUAGGCUGCGGGUGGCCAUGCUGAACCAGCAGAUUCACCUGGAAAAGGUCCUGAUGGCUGAACUCCUCCCCCUGGUGAGGGAACAGGAGCCCCUGGGGCCGCCCUGGCUGGCACUGUGCCGGGCUGUGCACAGCCUGCUCUGCGAGGGGGGUGAGCGCUUCCUCACCAUCCUCCGAGAAGAUGAGCCUGCCGACUGAGCCCUUCCCAUGGCCAGGCGGCCAGGCCCGUCCCUCAGCUCCCAGAGCCCUGCAGCAAAGGCAAGCUGAUUCUGCCCCCGACCCUGUCUGUCGGGGAGAGCCCCUCUUCCCUAGUCAGAGUUAAGUGAAUGAGGAUUAAGGGGGUUUUCACUAGUGUAGUGAGCCAGGGGCCCAGAGGUGUCCGUGCCCCCUUGGAAAAGCAGGCUUCUGAGGGUGCAGGGACUACGGCCUGGCUCUCCCUGAGGGGCACAGGGCCUUUGUCACAGCUGCUAAACCUGCUGGUCAGGGCUCGGCUGGGCUCGGCUCGGCCUUCCACAGGCUCAGGAGAACAGAGGCUCGUGCGGGCUUUUCUUAGCUACCUCUGUUUUCUCUUGCUUUGCACUUAAAAGCCACUUGUGUGACAUUAAAACUACAUUAGGAAGUAUAUAUAUAUUUAAAUCAUACCAA